GAGGCGCCGCGCGGGAAAGGCGGGUCGCCAAGCGCUGGCUGCGCGCCGCGGGCCGCCGCUCCGCUUUCCUUUGUCUCCCGCCUGCGGGGCCGGAGAGAAUCUCGGUGCAACCUCAAGAUGGCUGAUGGCAACGAAGAUGCUCGAGCGGACGACCUGCCGGGCCCGGCCUUCGAGAGCUACGAGGCCAUGGAGCUGGCCUGCCCGGCCGAGCGCAGCGGCCACGUCGCCGUCAGCGAUGGGCGCCACAUGUUCGUCUGGGGCGGCUACAAGAGUAAUCAAGUGAGAGGACUGUAUGACUUUUAUCUGCCCAGAGAGGAACUAUGGAUCUACAACAUGGAGACUGGAAGAUGGAAAAAAAUCAACACCGAAGGUGAUGUUCCUCCUUCUAUGUCUGGGAGCUGUGCUGUGUGCGUAGACAGGGUGUUGUACUUGUUUGGAGGGCACCACUCAAGAGGCAAUACAAACAAGUUCUACAUGCUGGAUUCAAGAUCUGCAGACAGAGUGUUACAGUGGGAAAGGAUUGACUGCCAAGGAAUUCCUCCGUCAUCAAAGGACAAACUUGGUGUCUGGGUAUAUAAAAACAAGUUAAUAUUUUUUGGAGGAUAUGGAUAUUUGCCUGAAGAUAAAGUAUUGGGAACUUUUGAAUUUGAUGAGACAUCUUUUUGGAAUUCAAGUCAUCCAAGAGGAUGGAAUGAUCAUGUACAUAUUUUAGACACGGAAACAUUUGCCUGGAGCCAGCCCAUCACCACCGGUAAAGCACCUUCACCUCGUGCUGCCCACGCCUGUGCAACUGUUGGAAACAAGGGCUUUGUGUUUGGCGGCAGAUACCGAGAUGCUAGAAUGAAUGAUCUUCACUAUCUUAAUCUGGAUACAUGGGAGUGGAAUGAAUUAAUUCCACAAGGCAUAUGCCCCGUUGGCCGAUCAUGGCACUCACUGACACCAGUCUCUUCAGAUCACCUUUUUCUCUUUGGAGGAUUUACCACUGAAAAACAGCCACUAAGUGAUGCCUGGACUUACUGUAUCAGUAAAAAUGAAUGGAUUCAGUUUAAUCAUCCUUAUACUGAGAAACCAAGGUUAUGGCAUACAGCUUGUGCAAGUGACGAAGGAGAAGUCAUUGUUUUUGGUGGUUGUGCAAACAAUCUCCUCGUACAUCACCGAGCUGCACACAGUAAUGAAGUACUUAUAUUUUCAGUUCAACCAAAAUCUCUUGUACGGCUAAGCUUAGAAGCAGUCAUUUGUUUUAAAGAAAUGCUAGCCAACUCGUGGAACUGCCUUCCAAAGCACUUACUGCACAGUGUUAAUCAGAGGUUCGGUAGUAACAACACUUCUGGAUCAUAAGGUUCUGUAGUUAACACUUCUGGUCUACUUGCAUGGAAAAUAACCCUGUAUUUGUCACAGAGUGGCAUCCUUUGUAUAAUUAUAUGCAUUGUUGUAGUUUGCAGCCUGGGUUUUAUUUGCAUGUGAAUGGCCUAGAGAACCUAUUUUUGUGUCUAAAGUUUACAAUAAAUGUAUUUAACAUCA